UUCAAUGGGGUGACGUCAGAGUUCAGAGUUGGGACGUCCCAGGGAUCCCGUUUAGACUUAUCAGUCUCUUCAGUAUCUCCCUUUGCGUUUACGAGAUCUCUCCCCGAAACCUGAGCGAGGCAGUCACUGAAACGAGAGGCGAUACCCUCCUGCACAACAUGGCUACAAUUGUAACCUCGACCAGAUUUACAGACGAAUAUCAGCUGUACGAAGAGCUCGGAAAGGGCGCCUUCUCCGUUGUCCGACGAUGCGUUAAAAAGUCCAAUGGCCAGGAAUUUGCUGCUAAAAUUAUCAACACUAAAAAACUCUCAGCAAGAGAUCAUCAAAAACUGGAGCGAGAGGCCCGCAUCUGUCGCCUGCUCAAACAUCCCAACAUAGUACGACUACACGAAAGUAUCUCAGAGGAAGGCUUCCAUUACCUCGUCUUUGACCUUGUCACCGGUGGAGAGCUGUUUGAAGACAUUGUUGCCAGAGAGUAUUACAGUGAGGCUGAUGCCAGCCAGUGCAUCAAUCAGAUCCUGGAGAGUGUCCACCACAUGCACCAGCAUGACAUUGUGCACAGGGACCUCAAGCCAGAGAACCUGCUCCUGGCCAGUAAGCUGAAGGGAGCUGCAGUGAAGUUGGCUGACUUUGGGCUGGCCAUCGAUGUCCAGGGAGACGAGCAAGCAUGGUUCGGUUUUGCAGGCACUCCAGGCUACCUCUCUCCAGAGGUCUUGAGGAAGGACCCCUACGGCAAGCCGGUGGAUAUCUGGGCCUGUGGUGUGGUCCUGUACAUUCUCCUGGUGGGCUACCCUCCCUUCUGGGAUGAAGACCAGCACAAGCUCUAUCAGCAGAUCAAGGCUGGGGCCUACGAUUUCCCCUCCCCAGAGUGGGACACAGUGACCCCCGAAGCCAAGAACCUGAUCAACCAGAUGUUGACCAUCAACCCUGCCAAGAGGAUCACUGCUGACCAGGCCCUCAAGCACCCAUGGAUCUGCCAACGUUCCACUGUGGCUUCCAUGAUGCAUCGCCAAGAGACUGUGGAGUGCCUGCGCAAGUUCAAUGCCAGGAGAAAACUCAAGGGAGCCAUCCUUACCACCAUGCUGGUGACCAGAAACUUCUCAGUUGGCCGACAGCACACCAGCCCUGCGGCCACCACCAGCACAGCUGCUCUUGCUUCAGAAGCAUGCAAAAGUUUACUAAACAAAAAGUCGGAUGGUGGAGUGAAGAAAAGGAAGUCCAGCUCCAGUGUUUGUUUAAUGCCGCAGACAAACAACAGUAAAAACAGUGUAGUGAGCAGUACCAGCAGCACCAAAGACAGCAGCAUAUCAUCUUCAGCACCGAUGGAACCACAGACCACUGUCGUGCACAACCCAGCUGACGGCACCAAGGGCUCCACAGAGAGCUGUAACACCACAGAAGAGGAGGAUGUGAAAGGUAGGAAAGUUUCUGCGUGCGGGUCUAGCGCGGACAGCGCAAUGGUCAGCCAGUGCAGUGCCAGUGAGGAACAGACCCAGGCCCAGCCCCCUCACUGUCCUCCCUCCUCUCGCAAACAGGAGAUCAUCAAGAUUACUGAGCAGCUGAUUGAGGCCAUCAACAAUGGAGACUUUGAGGCUUACACGAGAAUCUGUGACCCCGGACUAACCUCAUUUGAACCUGAGGCUUUGGGAAACCUGGUGGAGGGCAUGGACUUCCACAAGUUCUACUUUGAGAACUUGUUGAGUAAGAACAGUAAGCCGGUCCACACCACCAUCCUGAACCCCCAUGUGCACCUGAUCGGGGAGGAUGCGGCCUGCAUCGCCUACAUCCGCCUGACGCAGUACAUCGACAGCCAGGGACGCCCGCGCUCCUGCCAGUCAGAGGAGACCCGUGUGUGGCACCGCCGCGAUGCCAAGUGGCUCAACGUGCAUUUCCACUGUUCAGGAGCGCCUGCCGCACCUCUCCAGUGAACCUUUAUCAGACACAGCUUUGCCUGAAUUCUGAAGCCGACUGGAGCAUUUUCUCAGUGGUCGGAUUGGCGCCAAGAGCCCUGUCGGAAGAGACCGCUUGAAGUUUAAAAUCCAAAGGGAAAAUAUAACAAAAUAAAAUAUUUUAAAGCCGACCGACUGACAACACCACCACCACCAAUCCAGUCCAACCCUAGCUAUAUGUUGGGGGCCGGCUGUGGCCGAAGCCCUGCCCUCCAGACGGUGCAUGCUUCUGACGCCCACAGGGGGGCGAUGUCUUGUCCUUUUUCCAUGGAUCCAUAUUUUUUGCAGUUUUGAAAGGUGUUUAAAGUAUUAACGUAUGUAAAAGAAAUUAUCAAAAAACCUUCACAUUUAAUCAACAGGUAUGGGAGUAAUGAUUAAAGAAAAUAAAUGUGAAUUUUCUAUUAAAAAAAGAGAAAAAAGGAACACCCUAAUUUUUGUGGUGGUUGGUUUUUUGUUUUGUUUUGUUUAAUAAUUAACAUAUCUAAUUAUUUAUUUUGUUGGAUGACAAAACAAAUGCUAGAAGGGAACAUUUCAGAAAAACUAAAAGCUUCGAUUCAAUCUGUAUUGCGGACGUUCAACGCUAUGGCGGGAUUGAAAUUUAAAGGUAAUUUUUCAGAUUGAGCUGACCGAUGCAGCGUUUACCGUGAAUGCAGUCUCCACGAAUAUGGGCACAUUGCCUUUAAAUUUCAAAAGCGCUAUAGUGCUGAACUUCCGCGAUAUGAAUUGAAUCAAGCCCUAAAUUGUUAGUUAAUAUCAAAAUUAAAGACUUUAGGCAUUUGAAGAUAUUGUUUUAAUGUAGAUGUUAUCUUUUAAGGGGUCGGGUGGGUUGCAGAAGGGACUAUUUUUUAGUAUUCUUAUGUGUUAUUGUGGACCUAUUCAUUUUUAUCCCCUGAAUGAUGGUGUAUUUGAAAGUAUUUUGUGUUUGAAGAAAAUAUUUAAUAUAGUAAUGUAUACAUAGAUAUUUAUAAGGAGAACGACUUUACUUUCAGGGUUUGGAUGUGUGUGUGAGAGUGAAGGUGUGUUCUCAUGUCCCUAUAGCUCCCUUUCAGGCUAUUUUGUGCUUUGAGAUCCCCGGUGUAUAUGCACACACAUACACACUCACACAAGGCCCAAACUCCAGGUCCCUGUCCUGUGCCCUUUGGGUCUGUAGAUCAGCCUGCUCCUCCAGCUACAGGCCACAAUAUCCUGACCAGCACAACCUGAAGUUGCAGAACACUACCAUUGGUUCAGUGUGCCGAGUCUACCAUCUUCCUUUUGGCCAUUAGAGGGCACACGACACAAUCAAGCCUACUGCUACUAUUCUGACGGAGGCCCCAAACCGCAAACUCUGAAAGCUCGUACACCUUUCCUUCCUAUUGUUUUCUACUCUAAUUUUAGCAUGUUUGAUUUAAAAAAAUUGGGGGAAAUAUGGAAAAAUCUAAUAAAAUCUAAAAUGGCCUGUACUGUUUUGCACAAACUUGAGACUCAAUGCUGUUUUGUUCACUCCCCGGAUGAACGUUUCUGCAACUUCAGGUUAAGCUCACUUACUCCUGGGGUCUCUACCUGUGUUUCUAUAGUGAGCGACCCUACUAAUCAGCUGUCUAUUAGUGCCACUCAGUGUGAUAUCACCCUUUGCCUGUCUCUUGUUCUGGUCCCCAUCCUGUUCCCUAACAUUGUAUAUUGUCUGUCUUCGCUUGCCAUACCUCUCUGUAAAGUCAUUGGCACUAAAAGCAUGUGAAAAUGAAAAUGCUGUAAAGUGGGGUGCUGAGUUGUCCGUUGGCAUGUCAAACCGCUGGCUGGGGAUGGGACGGGAGGUGGAUCUGGGGGCCACACUAAAGGCAAUCAAUGGAUUGGUCCCUUUAUCCCGGUUUCAGUUGUAACUGUUCUAGAUGUUAAGUGUUUGUACUGUUGGUAUUAUUAUGAAUAAUCAGUUUCUUUUUGAGAUUGGAGCUGUAAAUAUGGGGAGGCAGUUGAGUGGGGGUUGGGGCUCAGGCCAAUCACACCCAAGCCUCCCCUGUCCAACCCGAUUCCCACAAUACACAUAUGUGGAAUCAACACACACACAGUGCACUCCCAAUGCAAAUUGUAUUUGAAUAUAUAUACACUGAACAAAAAUAUAAACGCAACAUGUAAAGUGCUGGUCCCAUGUUUCAUGAGCUGAAAUAAA